AUGCUCAUCACGACCGCACUCGUAGCCGUGGUCAUGCUCGUCGUGUGGACAACAUCGGUGCUGUGGAUCAUCCUCUUCUUGAUCGUUUUCGGGGCAGUCGAGGUGAUCUACCUGUCAUCCACUGCGGAGAAGCUGGCCAAGGGAGGAUGGGUUCCCUUCGCCAUCUCGUCCUUCUUCGUGGUGGUGAGCCUCAGCUGGAACUACGGCAGGCGCAUGAAAUACGAGUUCGAGGCCAAGAACAGGAUCAGCUCGCACGACUUCAAGAACUUGUGCUCGAGCUUGGAAGUCACACGAGUUCCCGGCCUCUGCCUCUUCUACAGCAACCUCAUCCACGGCGGAGGCCUCCCUCCGCUCAUGGGACACUACAUGCGAGCGGUGGGAUCCUUGCACGAGGUGGUCAUCUUCCUCACCAUCCGGGUGGUGCCCGUCAAGACGGUCCUGGAGAGCGAGAGGCUGUUCGUCGCGCGUGGCAGCGGCGUCAAGGGACUCUAUCGCUGCGUUGCUCGCUACGGCUACCUGGAUCACGUCGACAUGGUGAAAGAGGAGUUCGUGGAUCAAGUGAUCGCCAGCUUGGUGGACCUCAUUCGAUCGGAGUACGAGGAGAAGUCCAAGGAGCUGGAGGGGAGGAGCAGCGGUGAGGCGGCGGCGGCGCAUUGCGUGAUGGAGUGCGCGGCUGAGAUGGAGAUGGUGGAGCUGGAUGUUGCGAAGCGGAGGGGCGCUGUUCACGUCGUGGGUCACAGCAUUCUCGACACGGGCAGCCGCAGCUGGUUCAAGAGGAUGGUCGUGAACAAGAUCUAUCGCUUCCUCCAUAGCUCCUGCCGCUCGGCCGUGUCCACCUUUCGCAUCCCAUCGUCGCGCCUUCUCGAGCUCUCCAUGGUCUAUGAAACUUGA